AGCACGGCAGCAGUCAGUCCGCGGCCGCGCGCUCCCGCCCCCGCAGCUCCUUUCCUUCCGCGCGCCCGGACCACCGCCGCCUCCGCGAGCCGGUGAUGAUGACGGAGAGAUGGAUAAAGUAUGCGCGAGCUUAUCGGAAGUGUCGUGGAGCGCAGUAUCGUUACCUCUGGACGCGGUGGUGGCUAAAUUCCGUCUGCCCACCCUGGUUAAACUGAGCCCAGGUGAGAAUGUGGAGGGAUUGUCUGAAGAGGAUGUCGUCCUGUUACAUUCAUGCAGGCAGUGGACCACAGUCACUGCCCACUCUCUGGAGGAGGGGCAUUACGUUAUUGGACCCAAGAUUGACAUCCCGCUGCAGUACCAGGGUAAAUUUAAAUUGUUGGAUCAGGACCGAGAUGUGCGGGAACCAGUUCAGUAUUUUACGAGCGUGGAGGAGAUUGCUGGAACUUUCCCUGACCGAGUGUUCGUCAUGGAGCCCGUUACAUUCAGCAUGAAGGUGGUGUCAGGUGAGUUCAGCGAGGACAGCGAGCUCUAUACCUUCUCGCUGCAGGCAGGCGAUGAGCUGACCCCGAUGGGCCGGGCCGAACUGCACUGCAUCCAGUCAGCUCGCGAGAAGUCCCGCCUCUCUGCAUUGCUGCGGCGGCUUGGCAGAGUGGGUGGAGUCACUGGCCGUCCCGCCCGCACCAGGCUGCCCUGUUUGAUCUGCCUGAACCAGCGGACUCGUGAAAGUGUGCGACUCCCACUGCAGUGCCGGGGCCGAUUCUGCACACGUUCACCUCUGGAGCUGCGCAUGCAUGCAGGUGAACACACACUGCGCACAAUCAUCGAGCGAGUGCGGCUGCCUGUCAACGUGACGGUACCACCGCACCCUCCUGCACCUCCGCGGAGCCGCUACGACCAGCACGCCAUCCGCCAGGGCCAGCGCUACAAGCUGCUUGCUAUCGUCAGCAGAACCGUGGUGCUCUGCUGUGUUCUGCGCAAACAGGAAGCAGCACCCUCUCAUUUCCUACUUCUUAACGACAUGCCGCGCUUCACGCUGCCUGAUGGCUUGCUGCGCGACGACCCUGCCUACCAGCGGGCGGUGCUGUUGAGUGCACUCUCUUGCCAGGAGACCUUUGACCCCGACGAUUACUCGCGGGCCGUGCGGGAGGUGAAGCUGGACCUGACGGAGGAGUGUAUGAGCCCACGGCGGAUACGAGUGUACCCCGUGUUCUCACCUCAAAGACUCUCGCUGUGUAUAUAUGGCGGUGGGAGCAUCGCCCCAACGCCCAUGCAGGGAUGCAGGGACUCUCUGGGAGACACGCCCACUCUCGCUAGUGACAUUGACAGGGAGGGGGAGGAGGAAGGUGAGGAGCGAGAGUAUGUCAUGCCUGAUUGGUCCACAGAGACACAAGAGAUCCCCUACGAGGAGCUCUGGGCCAAUCAAAGUGGAGGAAGCUACGCUGAAGUCCCUGAAAGCACAGUGGAGGUUAAGCAAAGCGUCAUAUCCUCCCAUUCUACUUCUUCAUUGGACGGUACUGUUGGCUCUACCCAGGUUGCUGUGGCGCAGAUGGAGGCAGGACGAGUAGCAACUCCACCCCCGGUCCCACCCAAAUCAGAAGCUGUGAAAGAGGAGUGCCGUUUUUUGAACGCUCCCCCUGUUCCUCCUCGCUGUGCUACUGUUGGAGGCCCUACUCCCAGUCCUCCACUUCCGCCCCGCUUUCCUCAAUCUUCUAACACCACGACACGCAGCCCCAAUGUGUCCUAUUAUUCUUCAGGUCUUCAGGAAAGCUCAGACCCUCGUAGCGGCAGUAACUCUCCCUCUCCAGACUCUUACUCUUUGUACUGCUACCCCUGCACGUGGGCCGACUGCGUAACCUCAGACUCUACCGCCCCGCCCGACCCUAACCAGCCUGCACAAGCCUGCUGGUCCCACCCUCGAGGAAGUGGAGUCUUCACCUCCAACAUUCUAAACACUCCCCUCCUCAGCACUGACACUGGCCACAAGAACUACAACACCUGUCCCGUACCACGUCCAGCAGCACAGAGCCGAUUCGCUCCAUUCGGUGCCCUGAACCCUUUCGCCAAUCCAGGUCACGCCUCCUCUUCUGACUGGCUCGCCAUGGAUCGUAAAUCACCCAGUCUAAUGCCCGACCUCACCGGUUCCACCCCUCAGGAGCCUCAAGCCAAUCAGGAAAGCUCUGAAAUGACUCCAGUUCCCCCACUCAGACCCACAAAAAGCUCAGACGAGGAGCCGUCUGGAUCGGUAAAAGGUGCGGAAGGCGGGGCUGCAGCUAAAACUGGGGAUGGGUCGUCAUGGCGACCCCCGACAGACUUGUGCUGGCUGUCGGUGGAGGAGGUGUCGGCCUGUCUGCGCUUCAUUGGACUGUCAGACGAUGUGAUUGGCCUGUUCAGCAGAGAGAGGAUCGACGGCUCGAUAUUCACCCAGCUCAGCGAGGAAAUCCUGUCGGAGGACUUCAGUCUCACCAAACUGCAGGUCAAAAAGAUCAUGCAGUUCAUCAAAGGCUGGAGGCCCAAAAUAUGAGCCCUAACACAAACGAGUGAAGAAACUAGAACAUACAGAAAUAAGUAGCGUAAGGACUCAAGCAUACCAUAAACAAAUACGGUACUUACGUGACAUGCAUUCUUGCAUUACU